AAAUUGUAUUGUGAUAUUUUGACAUUGACGUUCUUUAAAAUUUUCUUUUCUGACAACUCAAUAAAUAGGACUUAUGAAGAUUAUUAAUUAAAUUAUUCUUUAAGAAAUAGUAGUAAAGGCUGUAAUUAUAGCUAUGCACAAUUUAAACCCAGACGGUCCUUAUGUCAAUGUAAAUGGAGCCACUAAUACGGAAAAAGUGUGUAUUCUAGAUGCUGGGGCACAGUAUGGUAAAGUUAUUGAUAGAAAAGUUAGAGAAUUAUGUGUGGAGUCUCAGAUCAUACCCUUGGAUACCCCAGCCUUCAACAUAAAAGAAGCUGGUUACAAAGCUAUCAUUAUUUCUGGAGGACCCAAUUCUGUGUAUGCUGAAGAUGCUCCUAGAUAUGAUGCAGAUAUCUUCAGAAUAGGUUUACCUGUGCUGGGAAUUUGUUAUGGAAUGCAGAUGAUGAACAAAGAAUUUGGAGGCACAGUCAUUAGAAAAGAAACAAGAGAAGAUGGAAUUUAUAAUAUCGAAGUUAAUUCAAAAUGUUUGUUGUUCAAGAGUCUCGAAAAAAUUCAGCCUGUACUACUAACUCAUGGAGAUGCAAUAGAUAAAAUAGCUGAGAAUUUUAAACCGAUUGCACAAAGUUCGUCGUUUUGUGCCGGCAUCUGCAACGAAAAGCUCCAAUUGUAUGGCGUUCAAUUUCACCCGGAAGUAGAUCUAACUGCCAAUGGUAAAACGAUGUUAAAAAAUUUUCUGUUCGAUAUCGCCGGUUUGACCGGAAACUAUACGAUGGAUGGCCGUGAAUCAGAGUGUGUGAGAUACAUAAAGGAUACUGUAGGUAACAAUAAAGUACUGUUAUUGCUUAGCGGAGGAGUUGAUAGUACCGUGUGCGCCGCUUUAUUGCACAAAGCCUUAAAUCCCGCUCAGAUUAUAGCUAUACACAUAGAUAAUGGUUUUAUGCGGAAAAAUGAAAGUAGCAAAGUUCAUAACUCCUUACUUAAAAUAGGACUCGAUGUAAAAGUAAUCAAAGCAGCUUCAACUUUUAUGGAAGGUACAACGAUAAUCCCAGUGGACAAACAAGAAAGUAGUAGAACAAUGAUAACGAAAAUGCUGUGCCACACGACGAAUCCCGAAGAAAAACGAAAAAUUAUCGGCGACAUUUUCGUCAAAAUCGCCGACGAAAUAGUCGCCGAUCUUAAUCUCAAAGCUGAUGAGGUUUUCUUAGCUCAAGGUACUCUAAGGCCGGAUCUAAUAGAAUCAGCUUCUAAGCUAGUUUCAUCGAAGGCGGAUACGAUAAAGACACAUCACAAUGAUUCCGAACUUAUUAGAAAACUUAGAAACGAAGGAAGAGUGGUAGAACCUCUUAAAGAUUUCCAUAAAGACGAAGUUAGAUCCAUCGGUAGGGAUUUGGGUUUACCUCCCGAGAUAGUAAUGAGACAUCCUUUUCCCGGUCCUGGUUUAGCUAUAAGGGUUUUAUGCGCGGAUGAACCAUACAUGGAAAACGAUUUCUCAGAAACUCAAGUUUUAGUGAAAAUUAUAGUUGAAUUUCAUCAAAUGUUGCAGAAGAGACACGCACUAUUAAAUAGAGUAGAAGGAUUUAUUAGCGACGAAGAAAGGGAUAUCUUAAGUCAAAUUUCUAGUAAACAAAAAUUAGCAGCAACCCUUCUUCCCAUUCGUAGCGUCGGCGUUCAAGGUGAUUGUCGAUCUUAUAACUAUGUAGUAGGUAUAUCCGCCGAUAAAGAACCCGAUUGGGAAGAUCUGGCUUUCUUAUCCUCUCUUAUACCAAGAAUAUGCCGAAAUGUAAAUAGGGUAUGUUACAUAUUUGGGGGUAUCGUGAAGGAGCCACUGCCAGAUAUCACACUUACUUAUCUGACUACUCACGUUUUGGGUACUUUAAGGCAAUGUGAUGAUGUCGCAACUACGAUACUACAUAAUAGCGGAUACUCAGGAUCAAUUAGUCAAAUGCCGAUUGUGCUUAUUCCUUUACACUUCGAUAGGGAUCAAGCGUUAAGAAUUCCUUCGUGUCAAAGAUCAGUGGUUUUGCGUCCUUUCUGUACCCAGGACUUCAUGACUGGCGUACCAGCUAUACCAGGAAAACAAAUCCCUGUUGAGGUGGUUCAAAAAAUGGUACAGGAAGUGGUGCAAGUACCGGGUAUUUCUAGAGUGCUUUACGAUUUAACACCAAAACCCCCAGGAACGACAGAAUGGGAAUGACACUCACUAAUUGUAAUUAUUUUUUGUGAAGUAAUAUAAUUUGUUAAGACAAAUUGUUUGCGAAUAAUUUUUCCGUUUUAUUGUUCGUGUUUUUUUAUUUAAGGUUUAUUAAACCUCCUAGUUUCUAUUACAA